CGAGCGGACCAGCUCAAUUUGGCGGUUCGACUUCAACAUGGCCGAGGCGAGUAACGUCAGUGCAGGCGGCUGCUGUGAGGUAGAGGCUCCCGAGGGUGAAGCCUCGGGAUCGGUGCCCGCCAGCCCAGCCCUUUCGAGGGUGAAGCUCCUGGACACCAUGGUGGACACUUUCCUCCAGAAGCUGGUCGCCGCAGGGAGCUACCAGCGGUUCACCGAGUGCUUCAAGCGCUUCUCACAGCUGCAGUCGGAGAUGUCGCAGCGAAUCUAUGACAAGUUUGUGACCCAGUUGCAGACGUCGAUUCUGGAGGAAAUUGCAGAAAUCAAGGCCGAGGGGAACCUGGAAGCUGUGUUGAAUGCCCUGGAUGCACUUGUGGAGGAAGGCAAAGAUCGCCAGGAACCAGCCUGGCGCCCCAGCGGGGACCCAGAGAAGGAUCUGCGCAGCCCCCUGCUGCCUUACUUCCUGCAGCAGCGGGACAUCCUGCGGCGCCGCGUGCAGAGGCAGGAGGCUGAGAACCGGCAGCUGGCAGAGCAGGUGCUGGCCGGGCGCAGGCAGGUGGAAGAGCUGCAGCUGCAGUGCGGGGCGCGGUGGAAGGCCUGGCAGGCUCUGCACAAGGAGCAGAAGGAGCUGCUGGCUGUGCUGCGGGAGCCUGAGUAAGGAAUUGGACGAGCAGAAGCUUCAAGGUAGAGCCAGUGGCCAUGCACAGCCUGGACACGUGGCCUGACAAACAGCAAGGCCUCAGCGUCACGGACACAGAGGGUUGACCCGAGGCCACAGAGGUUCCCACUGGCUUGUACUCUGGGGCCUUGGCCAUGCACACCGAGCCCGCCCGGUUGCCAGCUCCCUGGGGAGCUGGGCCCAGUCCCCAUCCCACCCUCCCCCACGUGGGGAGCCUGGUUUCAAUCUCCUCUGAUUGCCCCCUUGCUCGCCAGCCCCGGGCCUGUAUCCCACAUCUGUAAAUAAACUUCCUCCUACACUGUAAUCUGUGCGGGCGCUUCCUCCACUGCCUCUGCUUCCGGCCACCAGACCCCUGUCUGCCCCAACUCCCUCUACUCACGGCCCUAGGGCAACCCCAAGAAUGCCCCGGG